CCGCGCCCCCAUUCCGGCCCGAGCUGGGGGGGGGGGCCGGGCGACGGGGGCAGAGUCCGGCCCAAGACCGCCUGGCCCCAUGGACAGCUCGGCCGUCAUCACUCAGAUUAGCAAGGAAGAGGCGCUGAGUCCGCUGCGGGGGAAAGGUGAUCAGCCGUCAUCACCUUCGAAAAAACCCCGGAGCCAAGGAAUUAUCCAUUCUCUGUUUUGCUGCCUGUGUCACGACGACACAGAGCCUGUGCCCAUUAACAAUAAUGCCCCGCUGCUGGUGGAGGAGAAUGGGACUGUUCCCAAGGCACCGGCUAAAUAUCUUCUUCCUGAGGCCAAAGCCCAGGACUUGGGCAAAAUCUGUGUGGUCAUUGACCUGGAUGAGACGUUGGUGCACAGUUCAUUUAAGCCCGUGAACAAUGCAGACUUCAUCAUCCCUGUGGAGAUUGAUGGAAUGGUUCACCAGGUCUAUGUGCUGAAACGGCCCCAUGUGGACGAGUUCCUGCAGCGGAUGGGGGAGCUGUUUGAGUGUGUGCUCUUCACAGCCAGCCUGGCCAAGUAUGCAGACCCUGUUGCUGACCUGUUGGACAAGUGGGGGUCUUUUCGGGCCCGGCUCUUUCGAGAGUCCUGCGUCUUCCACCGAGGGAACUACGUCAAAGACCUGAGCCGUCUGGGUCGGGACCUUCGGAGGGUGCUCAUCUUGGACAAUUCUCCAGCCUCCUACGUCUUCCACCCAGACAAUGCCGAACGAAUCAAUUUUUAAAUUCAGUGCCAUGGGGAAGGACUCUAUCCCCUUACCACUGCCACCAGCCAGCCCAGCCCACCUCACCAGAUCCAGAAUGGGAGGAGUGGAUGAGGGUGAUCAGAGAGAUAAAGGAGCGGCAAGACCGAAGAUGACCUCAGGCUUCAGGCUUCACCUCCUUUGUCCGACUCCCUCCACAUCUGGCUGGGUCCUCUAGUACCAAGCAUCAGUGCCUUAGAUACUCUCCUGCUCCAGAAAUGGAACUGUGGAAGGGGGUUAAGGUUGGAGGUGGGGACCCCCUACCCUUCUGUUCUCUUUCCUCUCUUCCAGUAUUGCUGAGUUUCUCUGCUGCCAAAUGUUGGGGACCCUUCUUAGGGAGGUGGGGAAGGGGAGUAGAGGGUAACAGUUCUUGUUCUGUGACCCAGUGCCUCAACCCCCUGAACUGCCACUCCCCUCCCCCCCAGCCUGCCCUUCUUGGUAGGCAAGGUUGGAUGCAAAGUGCCUUGUUCAGAGCCCUUUCUCCCCAGAGGUUGGGGGUGGUAAGGAAAAAUAUAGGAGAUGUCCCCAAAGCAGGUUUCUCCCUAAAAACAGUUCAGUUGAGAAGGAUGGGAGGGGAGGUUUGAUUUCAGGCAGCUCCCACACUCUCCCUCUGAAAUGGAUUCUUUCAAUUAGUCCCUCUUAAAAGGGGGAGGAUGACUAUUACAGAUGGGGAAACUGAGUCAUAUUAAAGAAGGGCCUACUGCCCUAGACCUGAAAAGGACCUACAAAUACUGCCUCUGACCCCUAGGGUCUGCAUGGGGUGGGCUAGGGGGCAAAUACAGGAAUCCCCUCAGUAAUGUAACAUUCUCAGGCCUGGGAGGCCCAUUCUCCCCUAGUUCUUCCUGCCUUCUCCCCCCCCCCCCCCCGUCCCCCACACACACCCCUCCUUUCUCUCACGUCUGCCUUAACCAUUAAUAUCCCAGGCCAAAUGAAGCAGCCAUUUGGGUGUGACUAACCCUUUCAGUCCCCAGGUGGUGUCUGGGGGAGGGGAGGGAAAAGGGGCUGGGGACCAGGGCUCCCAGCCCUACAUCGUGCCAUAUAAAUAUGUAUAUGUGUAUAUAGAUUUUUAGAGGAAAGGGGCAGGGAGUUUGAAAGGGUGGGAAGUCACUCCUUAUCCCUCUUCUGGUCCUUGGACCUGAGAGGUAAAGGAGAGUGGGAUGGGAAAGGAUUUUUACAUUUUUUUAAAUUGCUAUUUUCUGAACGGAGCGAGUGGGAUUUGGGGAUUCCAGUUCCUCAUUCCCCUGCUCCACUCCUGCUCCGGGCCCACUAGUUCCGGAGCUAAGUCUGGUGCACCCUUAGUUUCCCCAUAUACCCCUGGUGGCUAAUUUGGCUGAAAGGUUUGGUUGCAGCCCCAAGUGGGGUGGAGUUGAGAGCCUCUGGUAUCUCCUGUCUCUCUUUCCCCAUCUGCAUGGGGUUGGGGGGUGGAGGGAGCAUCCCUCAGCUCAGUGCAAUUCAAUACCUGCUUCUAUCUGUCCAUUCUCCAUAUGCCCCUUGCUUUGGGUCUGGCUUAAGGUGACUAUGUGGGAAUCCCCCUUUUGCCCAGAGGUGAUCUCUUUCCCAGCAGACUCCUGGUCCCAAAGUUUCCCCACAGGGCUAUUAGGAUGUCAGGAAUUUUGGUGGCCAGACCAAACUUUUUUUUUCUCGUGCCAACCUAAGCCAUACAGCCCUUAUCCCUAACUCCUCUAUGCUUGCUCAUUGGGGGUAGCUCCCAAGAAAUCCAGAGACUGUGCCCCCUCCCUCCCACCCUGAUCCCCUUGGUUCUAAGAUAGACCCAAAGGUCAGCCCACUGGCCUUUUCCAGUGCCAAGGGGGAGUCAGAGUGGCAAUACAUAUCAGAGUUUUUUCUUAUUUCUCUUAAGCAAGGAGCUAGAGUGGUGGGCAGGGAAGAUUGGACAGGGUUGGUGUAGGAUAUAGCUCCGUAUAAGUGCCUUUUGUGGGACCCUCGUGUGAUGGGAGUUCCUUGAGUGAUAAAGAGAAAACCAGAUCCCUCCCAAUUA